GGGUGGCAUGAUUCAAGUGGAAGUUCCAACAGCCACCGCCGCCGAAGCCGCGCGAGACAGGCUCAAACGAAAUGCAGCACAUGGAAGGGGAGUAGUUGAGUUGUUCAGCAAUGGAGCUAAUCUCCCUCAAAAUUCGUCGGCAGGUACCAGAGAAUCAAGUCUUCAUCGUCAAGGAGCUGGUGUGCGAGAUAAGGAACCUGAGGAGCUGCGUCAAGUGGAAGAAGGCCACGAUGCCGAAAUAGUGCCACAGCUUAAAACGCCUGCAUGUGGUCCUGGAGAUACGGGUAUUUGCCUGGAAAUGGAAGAUGACGACGUCCGUGAGAUUCCUAGAGGCAACUUCUUUGCCGGGAACGGACCCCUAUUCACUGGUUUCGGAAAUUUUCCUUCCGCUCAACGAAGAAAACAGGAUGACUGGGCACGUGCUCUGCAAGUUGAGAGCGAAACUGGCCACGAGACCGGAAAAGGAGGCACUUUCGACGAGGCUGAAAAUGUUGCUGGAAGUAUGACGAAAACACCAGUGGAUUCAUCCAUGGAUGUUCUCCACGGCGCGGCUUUCAGGAAGCGACGUGGAGAAGACCCGCUUCAGGCUGAUGCAACAGGAGCUCUCGAGGACGCUUUUGGCGACGUUUUUGAAGUGAAGGCGGUACCUCGUGCUGCUGUUUCUGGCGACAGUACAACCGGUUUAGACACGAAGCCCAACGGAGACGCGGAAACUCGGCAACAAGAGGGCGCCCUUGUUCGAUCUGAAGUUGAAACUGCGGCGGAGGAAGGAGAUGCGGUUGAGGUUCCGCAGAGCACUAUGCAACCUAACAGAGCAGGUAGGCCACCGCACGCCUACAAUCAAGUAGAUGAUGCAACGCGCCGCCUAUCUUUCGAGGACCACACGUAUGAUAGUGCAACAGCGCCAGCACGCGGAGCCUCACGUUCGGGUCGAGAAGGGAGUCAGGGGGGAGCAGCGGCAAACCAAGACGACGCGGAAGCGAGUGGAGAACAGCAAGAAAAGGAAUUGAAGCGGUUUGCUCUGCGCCUCCUGCGGGACGAGCGAGGAGAGACGGAACUCAGUGAUGAGGUGCGGACGCAGUACACGAAGAUUCGACAACACAUAGCCGAGAAAUAUUUUUAUGCUUCGACGACACAUCAGAAUUGGUGGAUGAGUUUCAUAGUUUUCGUGGGACAUCCUUUAGCAGACUCGAUUUUCACAUGCUUCGUGAUUAUGAUGCAUAUUAGACUUUUUGCCGGCGAAGCAGAAAUGCGAUAAAAAAAUACGACUGUCAAAUUUCAACCUUUCUCUCUUCAUCAUGAGCCGAUGCUUCAGCAGGAGUGUGCGCUGAUGCACCAGGCACACUCGACGUGGGUAGAACGCGUGAACGCAGGUUAUCUUCCACAACCUGGUGUCUUUGAGUUGCGCAACCCGUUUCCCGACUGCCAUCAGGACCUGAGCCUGCUCGACCUACCAGAGGAUUUGUCUACCGCUGCAUCCUUAACAGCAGGAGGACGCGGAGACACUUCGACUAAAGUAACGACUGCACAGGCAGCGAUGGAGUUGCUUACUAACCGACUCCGCAAAGGGUUUUACAUGGUGUUGGACUAUGUCGACGACUCGAUUCCUUUGGACGCGGUGCCCAGUUUCCUGAAUCGAGAAUUGUUUCCCGAAUUUAUGACUUCGAUUUCAUGGCCCAUUGGCAUCGAUCUUGUGAGGCUUUGAUAUUACCUUACUGUUUUUCUGAAAGAAGAAUACAGAAACGGCUAGUACAACCCUUUCUUUACCCUGUUGCUUUCAUGUUUAUGCACGAGACGUACAUGCUGCCUGCUUUCUCGUAUUUCUAUCCGUAUCCAGAGGAGGCCUUGCUAGAGGAGUUAGAGGAAUCGGCACAACGACAAGUCUCGAGCUAUAUCUACGCGCGCGUGUUCAACCGACUACAGAGCGCACUGCUCUUCCUGCACUCGACGCUGAAUCUCAUACACAACGACGUGCAAGGCGGAAACAUCCUUCUUCGAAAAAGCGCACUUCGUGCCGGAGUACGAAAGCUGUACGCGCUGGUCGCAGACGUCCUUGUGACCGAUGCGAAGUUGCAGCUGAGCCAUGCAUUAUGACACGGACACGCACUUGGACCCUUUCAUCAGACUUUGUUAAACUGAAGAAAUGACAAUCUGUGAUUUUAGCCGGAGUACAUGGUAAGAUUUAAUCAAUGACUACCUCUUAGCGACAAGAAGGUAUCGGAUUGUGUCAACGUGGCGUCGGAUUGUGUCAACGCGGCGUUCUUGGUGUGCUAGUCGUGGAGUAUUUGAGAAUCUGCCAAGAAUUUUCAACGUGUUAUCAUUCUUCUUCAUGACAGAGGGAUCACCAGGUGGAGGCUGGGCGUGCAAUCGAAGUGGAAACGGAUGCGUGGAGUGUGGGAACGCCGCGUCCCGGUUUUCCAGCCGAUAGGGUAAAUAAUGUAGAAGCGAAGCGUGCAGUCCUGCGUGGACUAUUUCCGCCUCUUGUCGAUCCUGCAACAGGAAAAGCAAUGGACUUUUCGGAAGAAUUGGCCAAACAGGUAGUUCGGUUCCAGAGCGCACGGUAUGGUACUAGAGGCCAAAUGGGUGACCAAUCACGACAGAACCAAGGCCGGCCUGCGGCGGCGUCUUCUGGCAGCGUGGCGUCUUGGUGGCCCCUGGGAAAUAUCGAUGUAGGAAGCUGGCUCGGGUUGUCAUCAGGGGGAGCGACGGAUCAUUCAGCUAGGAGCAGUCAACCACACGGUAGCACCGCUGCAGGAGACGCAGCAGCCUACUACGCCGGGGGUGCACCAGCUAAUGCGGAUCAGCAUGCUAUUGAAGAACAGGAGGACACGGCGACCUCUAUAUUUCCCUUUUUAGAGGUGACGAUCAUUGAUUUUGGAUUGUGCGUUCCGAAGCACGCAGGAUCCACCAGCUUUGCGUUUGGCUUCGCUUUACCCCUGAAGCAUUUCUGUCUCCUCCGCCGUGACUGCCGGCAUCUCUCUCUGCCCGUGGAUGAUAUGUUUGCGCUUGGGAUUACUUUCUUAGCGCUCCUCGAAGGGCCGCGCGUGCUGCGGUGGCCCGCUGCAACGGAAACGGAUCGAGUAACCAAUCUGCGUCUAGCAUGGCGCGACGCCGUUUUAGAGUAUCUACCUGAGCUCGCUCCGCUUGCGCCUGCUCACCCGGCGGCACCCAGUUCUGCAGCUGCUCGUCAUGCAGUCAAUUCUCCUCCGGGGUCUCCUGAUUUGUUAAGCCAGUUCGACGCGAUUUCCCCUUUCCGAGUGGCAAAUCAGCGACCAAAAGCAAAAACCAGGCAGCAGAAAAGCAACACGGACGACUUGGCAAUAAGUAUGAAUCAAGGAGAGGUUCUGUACCAGGAAGUACCUGAACAACAGCAAUUAUUUGUACAACAGCAGCAAGAAGCUGCCUCCACGACAACUCAGGCAGAUGAAGGCCUUGCGGGCAUCAGUGUCAACGAGUGGGCCAAGAAAGUAGAAGCGACACUUGUGUGUGCACUAAGCGGUGCUACCGCACUCAUCAGUAGUUUCGGCACCGAAUACUAUUCAUUGAGCACCAUUUUAACAAGUACACCCGAAGAACAGCGAGGCACGAUGCCUACGCUUCCACUGCUCAAAAGACCCCGUUCUCCGAUGGCUUUUCUGCUUUUUCAGUCGAUACAUGCUAAUCUGUUUCUGGAUCGUGUGGAGGCUGGAGACAGCGUGUAUGACGACCUGAGCGCACUGGCGUUGCGUCUAGCCGACACAACUGUGGCGUUUCGCCAUGCGCCUCUUCCGCUACAUAACGAAGCUGGUAUUUUGGCUUUUGUGCUUGUGAGUUUUUACUUCUAAAAGUCAGCACUAGAAAGAAAGAUCAAUUGAUCGGAUGAUUGAUCUAUGGGGAACUGGAGACAUCAUAUUUAUAUCAGAGUAGUUUAUCGCACGCGUGGUGCAUGGAGUAGCAUGGAGUGCAUGGAGCGCAGAGCUUUAAGGGGCGCAAGAAGCUCCCCCUUUAGCUCCAUGCUACUCCAUGCGAUCCAUGCACUCCAUGCCAUGCGAGCUGUGGAACCUUAUAAACUGCUCUAUUAUAUGUUCCAGGGCUCAGGGCUGAAGGCGCCCCCGAUCUAACUCGUUUGCGUGGAACCCUCCGAGCGCCGUAUCCACCUGAGCUGAGGAGCGUGAGGCGCGAGGGGGUACUAGCGUGGCGCGUGACGCGCCGCUGAGGGGCGAGGCGCGUGAGGGUGUGAGGGCGCGUGUGGAUGAUCUAGGUGAACGUAGGGCGGUCCAACUUACGCGGAAACGCUAGCGGCGGGUAGGGGCUUCCUGUGGGUCAUUGACUUGGUGCCUCCGCUUGCUUCUCAUUCGAUGGACCCCGGCAGCGCUAGCGAAAAACUAGUAGGAGACUGAGCGGGCGAGAGACCUCCGCGCGCGUCACGCCAAGCCUCGCCCAUAUGCUAAACCAUCCCGCCUAGCGCCUCGCCACACCCUGACAAGGAGCACACCCCGCACGGCUCUCGCGGUAUCCUGAGCGAUUUCCUCCGAACAUUUGGGGGGGCUAGCUUUUCUUGUAAGGCACUAGCUACAGCCGACCACCAGCGCGCCCGCGCUACCUAGCUAGUGGCCUACAGAGUGGCUGACACACAGACUGGCUGCGGGCGACUCGACUGAGCACGGCGAUUCGCUUGAAAUGGCUGGCCUGCUCUCGAUUCCUGACCUGAGGCUGAGCCCCCUCAAGGUCGCUGGCCAAUGUCUGGCUUGCAUGGCUGACCUGAGCCCACUCGAGAUAGCUGACCAAGCAGCAGCGCGCAGGGUGGAGAGCUGACGCAAGACAAGCCCACCCACACCGCAGCAAUAUAGCUGACCCACCCAGCCGGGGCCAUCGUGUUUAACACCGCAAGCCGCCUGCUGUGCGUGGCUCUCUAGUUGUUCGCUGAACAGGGCAAAGAAGUCGCGCAACUCUCCUCAGAUCAUAAGGGUGUCUGCGGAUUUGUCUCAGAUCAUAAGGCCGCCGCGGAUUUGCCUCAGUCAGAUCAUAAGGCUGCCCCCAUGGAUUUGCCGCAGGUCAUAAGGUCGCCCGCGGAUUUGUCUCAGGUCAUAGGGCUAAGGCUUGUCGUCCGCGGAUUUGUCUCAGAUCAUAAGGCUGCCCACGGAUUUGCCUCAGUCAGAUACAGAUCACACAUAGGGCUGCCCUCGGACGUGUCUCAGAUUAUACGGCUGCCUUGGGAGUUGUCUCAGGUUAUAAGGCCGGCCACGAAUUUGCCUCAGGUCUUAAGGCUGCGCGCGGACUUGUCUCGGAUCAUAAGCAAGGCUGUCCGCGGAUUUGUCUCAGAUCAUAGAUAAGGCCGCCUGUGGAUUUGUCUCAGAUCAUAUCUAACGCUGUCCACGGAUUUGCCUCAGUUCAUAAUCAUAAGGCCGCCCCCGGAUUUGUCUCAGAUCAUAAGGCUAAGGCCGCCCGCGGAUUUGCCGCAGAUCAUAAGGCCGCCCCCGGGCAGCUCUGUCGGGCUCCGUUAUGAUUAAAGCGCGACGCGUCACGCUUAAAAGCGUGACGCGUCACGCAUGGGAGCGCGCCGGCCCUCCUCCCCUAUAUAUAAUAGGGGGGAAGGGCGGGGAAAGGGUUCAGGAUUGCGGUCUAUACGGCGCUCGCCAGGUCUUACGGGGGCCUCCCUCCCUGGUGCAUAUCUUGGGAAAUAUUAUAGGGGUUAGAUAUUGUUCGGAGCACAUAAAGGAGAAGGUCUAUGUUGUUCUGAAACUCGCUACGCUAUUAGGAACCGGUGGCAUUCCGCGGGCAUAGUAAAAUGCCUGAACGGGCUGCCGGUAUAUAAACUGCGUGAGAGUCUCUCAUGAACCAACGAAAAGAAACAAAAGAAAAGUAAAGAAACAAGAAGACAAUCCAUGCUCCGUAGUAGAUCCCCUCUGAUUCAGCGCUUAGUGACGUCUCCUUGGCUGUGCCGGCCGCGUUGACUGCUCUUCGGGGCGAUAGUCUUUGCGGUCGGUUGGUGGAUGGGUAGCUGGAUGACCGCAAGCGAUUCCUAAAACGGCUCCACCAGUCAGAUUCUUAUCUAGUAUGGGGUAGAUAUUGUUCGGAGCACAUAAAGAAGAAGGUCUAUGUUGUUCUGGAACUCGCUACGCUAUUAGGAACCGGUGGCAUUCCGCGGGCAUAGUAAAAUGCCUGAACGGGCUGCCGGUAUAUAAACUGCGUGAGAGUCUCUCAUGAACCAACGAAAAGAAACAAAAGAAAAGUAAAGAAACAAGAAGGCAAUCCAUGCUCCGUAGUAGAUCCCCUCUGAUUCAGCGCCUAAUGCCGUCUCCUUGGCUGUGCCGGCCGCGUUGACUGCUCUUCGGGGCGAUAGUCUUUGCGGUCGGUUGGUGGAUGGGUAGCUGGAUGACCGCAAGCGAUUCCUAAAACGGCUCCACCAGUCAGAUUCUUAUCUAGUAUGGGGUAGAUAUUGUUCGGAGCACAUAAAGAAGAAGGUCUAUGUUGUUCUGAAACUCGCUACGCUAAAUAUUAUAGGAAAAAUUAUUAUUAUCAAACGCACCAGUGGUCUGUCAAUGUCAAUCAAUGAUCAUCGCAAAUCGCAAUUAAUCAGAAACGCUGUUGCAACGUGUGAGCCGAGGAUGGGCACUCACCUGCGAGGUGGUGCAUUUAUGCCAAGUGCAAUUCUGGGUUCUCUGGGCGAAUGUGCCGAAAUUAGCCCUUAUUCUUGUGUUUCUCCUUGUUUUCUCCCUGCUCGCUGCUUACACGUUGUUGCUGCUGCUUGGCUGGUACCUAAUGAGCGGGCGAGUGCUGAAGGAGUGGGCAGCGCACGAACCGUACGUGGCCCAGCUAUACGAUGAUGAAGUCAUUCACUACACGUCAGCAGCGGAGGACGUGUGAGACGAAUUGCUUCACGCUGAGUGGGGGAGAUGACGACGUCUCUGGGUGGGUAAUACUUGUAGUCGAUGUGUGAGUAAUGUUUUUGUCACAGUUAAGCUAAGACGGAUGUCCGCAGCAAUCUUAUGCAGUAUGACCAUAGUUGUUGUUGUUGGCGUAGAAUGCACAUAGUUCUGCUAAGUACGACUUUCGGUGUACUGAAAAUAUAUUGCAUGCAGUGCUUUCAAAAAUCAUGAUUACGACUGGAUCUGCAUAACUGAGAAUGAGUGUGAUGAAUGAACGAUUCCCUUUACAACAUUGCGAACUAUCUAAAGAUGGAUUGAGAAUACAGAUACAGACCCAGAUAGUAAAUAAGACUAUAAAUAUUUUUUCUUGUUUUUUCACCUCUUAUGACCAACACGCAAGGAUGAUUGUAUGCAAAUUUGCCUAUUCCUGGUACUAGCAGAUGGAGAAAUAGAUCGAGAUCAGGUCGUGUAAUAAUUAUAGUCCCGUACUAUGGGUUUUGUCUUUGUAACCGAAUGCAAUUCCCAGUAAGAAAAUAGAUUUUUUGAUCAGAACAAGCCGAAGCUUGUCGUUGAAGGCAGUUUUUCCAUUUUCGGUUAGUGCAGAUAGACGAUCAUCGCAUCCGCAUAAGUUGUGAACACAGUUGCCCUAACCGCGACCCACGUCCGCAGCGGCAUGUGGCUCAUCUUGCACAGACGAAGGCGAAACUUUAAGCCCUCGACUGUGAAUACUCGAAAAUGAGAAAGCGAAACGAAAAGUAUCUUUCCUUGGGCCUUUGUGGCCAAAGCCAAUGGUUAUGUUGAAUAUCCUUUUUAGGCUCAUCAACUGCUCACAACUAUCCGCCCCCAGCACGCUAGUUUGUUUCUCGCUCGGAGUUCCAAACGCUGAAAAUCAAAGUUAUUUUUCAUCCUGACGAUGACGGAUACAUUUUCUCGGUCUACUUUAUCGUACAACCCGAUCAUCACUCGCC